AGAAGUUGUCAAUUAAAACAAUGAGUUCUAAAAUACGUGUGAGGCGAUCACGCGUCUCUCGUCAAGAUAUAUAUGUAAUAUAACUUUACAUCGUUAUUCGCGGUGCUUUGAUCAAUUAUGGACAUACCAAGUGAUCUGAAGCGAUAUUAACUUUAUGCAUCACGAGUUCUUUCUCAUCACCAUAAUCAUCAUAAUAGUUGUUAACUUUGUCAUAUAGUGCAUAAGCACUUCACCGUUACGGUAAACAAAAGAAUAAACUGUAGAUUGUGGGUGAAUAAAAUCUUGGAACGCGGUCGAGUUAAUAAGAGCAACGAGAGUCAAAAGAAAGCACACAUCCCAGAGUGUAUAGAGAGAUAAAAGCAGCUUGUAACCGGGCUAUUAUCAUCAACGUUGAACGAAGAAACAAAGAUACAGAUGUUUCCGGUAACAAAUGCCGUCGCGAUAUGACUCGGAGCCUAUCAAUGUAUGAUGUCAAUGUAUCUCAUUAAAUACGACUUAUCACGUAAAUGACCAAGUUUAAGAACAAAAAAAAUAUAAAGAUUGAUAGUUGAUGUACUGGGAGUUUAUUAAACAAAAAAUAAAGGGCUUAUUCAUCAUGAUUGAAGGAGUAUCAUCUUACGACGUGAAAAAUUUCUCGGGGCACAUCUUACAGCAUCCACAGCCCUGGAUCCUGAUUGCGCUAGUCGCGGGGCGCAGGUAGGGGACGUGACAAAGAUGUGUAGUGGACGAGGCUGAUGGCGAAGAGGGGACCAAGUGGUCUGUGGCGGGGAAAGCUAGCGAGUAGGACAGAGAGUAACAUCUACCAAUUCGUUGGUCCACAGUAACAUGAAAAGGAAGAGAAAUGGGUCGUUUGAAUUGAAACAAGCAAGAAAGAGUAUACAAGUAGUGGGGAUACGGUUGCUGUUGACGCUUGAGAGAGAGAAAAAAGCUUAGAGUCAACGGGGGCGGUGGCUGUACCGUCAUACGGCCGCCAUCACCAUCCACAUCCCGAAUCCUAUAGUACACAAUACGCAGUUCUCCCAAUCUCCAUUGCCUUUGCCUUUGCCAUGUGUGUUAGUUAGAACUUCGCGGUACCCGCCGGUGCGCUUCUCUCUUCUAUACUUACUCUUCUAGAUGGUUUAGUAUACCGACAUUCUCCGCUUUGCCCGCGCCUCUGCCAUGCCCUAGCACCGGAGGCUCACCGCGUCGUACUAUCUUUCUCUCUCUCUCCUCUCUUCUUUACGUCCUCUAUUCCCUUCCUGUGUUAUACUUUGUGUUUUAACAACCCCAAGAAUAACGACAUACCCUCGUGCUCUCGUGAACGUGUUAAAGAACAGUGAAAGGUGAAUUAAGUGAUUAAUUCCAUUAACUACAGCCGACCAAAAGCUCAUCAUAAGCUGAAGAGGACAAACAAGAAUAAGUGUGCACAUUCUGCGAAUUAUUAUUUUGCAAUGUGUCUCGCGGUUGUUUGCAACAGACAUCGCGGAGCUCGGAGAUGGAACAUAUUAAUAUUCGCGCUGUGCGGUGAGAAAUAAUUACUUUCAACGGCCAACGACCGGACACUGCAUGUGUGUGUGUAUUGAUACAACGUGUACAAGUGUUGUGUUAUUUUUUAUUUUAUGUUGUUAUAAUUGUUUAUUAUUAUUGAAGAACAUUGUGAUUGAAGUAAUAAGACCCGCCCUAAGAUUAUCCCAUCGUCUUCGAGGUAUCGACUCUUUUCAGACCAUCACCACACACUCUACGCACUCGCCAUUCUCUUGUACGCGGCCCCACCUUCUGCCUUAUCGACGAGAUACGUGUCUGCUUUUAUAGCUCUGAUAUGUAUAUACAUAUAUUAUAUAUGUAUACAUGUGAAAUAUUUGAAAUUUAGAGCUUGACUACUUUGCUGAACCAACGAGACAAACAUUUGAUGUUGUUUCCCCGCGUCCGUCUGCUGCCGACCGCUAGGCUAGUGGUCACAAUUUCCGUCGGCGCUACGUCAUCAUCAACGUCGUCGGAGUCGUCGCAAAACAUCCAAGUAGACAAGCUAAAUAAAACGUUACGACGCCGACUCCACGCGGUUCGUGGAAAUCAAGGACAUAGUCGAAAACAUCAUCAAUAUCAUCAUCCAAGUGUUGGAUCACCAUCACGUUGGUAUUCGAAAUUGUUACUCGCAUAAUGUCCUAGGAAUACAACUUAAUACACGAGGACAUCUUCAAGGACUCACGUCCACGUUCACGACUGCUACAAGUUAAUAUGAGCAUGACUCUUGUGCGAAACACAUUUAAAGUUGAUGAAGCGAAAAACUUGUCCAAUCUGGUUUAAAUCACUAAUUGGCAGCUUACAUGAUACAUGUACAAAGAAGGUGCAGUGGAGACGAAUCCAGCGUGGAACUAGCAGAAGUUAGUAGCGGUGGGGCUAGUACUGAGGGCGGAGGUGGUGAGGGAUCGGCUAAACAAGAAGAAAGGUGCCCACAGUGUGGCAUUCUAUGUCGGAACCUUCACGUUCUUCAACUCCACCUCGAAGACGCCCACAAAACCGCAUUCGUCAUUGAUAAGCGCGAUCUUAGUGCUCAAUUUUCUCAAGUUUCCUGCAAAGUUUGCAGUAAGACAUUUGCCAACGUCUAUCGUCUACAAAGACAUAUGAUUAGCCAUGAAGAGAGCGCAGUGUUGCGCAAAUUUAAAUGCCCACACUGUGAUAAGGCAUUUAAAUUUAAACAUCAUCUUAAGGAACACCUCCGAAUACACAGUGGAGAAAAGCCAUUUCAAUGUAAUAACUGUGGCAAGCGAUUCUCCCACUCGGGUUCAUAUUCGAGUCAUAUGACGUCAAAGAAGUGCCUCAUAGUAAACCUGAAAAAAUCAAGACAAAGCACAAUAAGUAAUAUAGAACGAACAAAUAAAAAGCCGCAGACUCAGCAAACGCAAUCACUGUCGUCUCGUAGCCGAGAAUCCGUUCUUCAUGCGUCUAAUAAUAAUACAUUUUUGCCAAUUUUACCUAAAUUAUCACCAUCUGAUUAUCAAGAUCUUCAUCGUGACAGUGGCGGCAUUUAUGAUAUGCCAACUCUUUUACCUCCAAUAGUUAACUUUAGUAGUUUAUUUCUGCAAUCAUCACUCGGUAAAAUUCUCACGCAAUUACAAACAAAGAGACUGGACGAGGUGGCAGAACAUUUUGAGUCACAUCGUGAAGCAGUGAGUCCAUCAACAGCAGAUUCUGAAGAGACUGAAGGAACUGAAGGCAAGUACUCGCCGGUUCCAAGUGAUCCUCAAGGUUUAGAUGCUGUCAGACGAAUUCUCGAGACAGUAAAUACAUCAGUGACCAAACAAUUGCUUGAAGCUAAUGUAAGGAAGUUGGCGUCUUCUCCAGAGACAAUAAAACGCGAAUGUGAUGAAGAUUAUCAAGAUCAAGACAGUGAAAUGUCAGGAGAGACGACCAAUUAUCAAGACUGGCAAACUGGUGAUCAAUACGAUAGUCAAAGUGAGGGUUUGGCUGCUAAACUCGAAGAUGCAAGCCAGUCACAAACAAAAAAAAGAGGUGUCAAAAGAAAAGCUGAAGAAGGAUUGCCUGAAAGUUCUAUAGAAGCUGACUCUGAUGAUGAUGAAGAAGUUAAUAGGACACAGACGGAACCUGGACGAAGAGUUCGUGCACGUUCUUUAAUUGAUGAUGAACAACUAGCUGUUCUUAGAGGUUACUAUGCAAUAAACCCACGUCCCAAAAAAGAAGAAAUUGAUAUGAUUGCAAAUUAUAUUAAUUUCCCUAAGAGAGUUGUUCAAGUUUGGUUUCAAAAUUCUCGUGCCCGAGAUCGAAGGGAAUCUGGUAGAAUUCCCGGUCUUGUACCAUUAGCAAGUAUUGGAAAUCAUCAAAUGUCAAUAGAACAGCCUUUAGAUUUAUCAAAAAAAGAUGUUCUUACGAAAACUUCCGUCAAAGAAAAUGAUUAUGAACCUAAAGAUAAAAAAACACCCGUCGUUGCUUCCCAAUCAGAACCAGAUGAUCUCGAAGAAUCGCCGUUAGUUAUUGAUGAAGAGACACCUGAUCAUAGUGAAAUAAAGAAAGAUGUAUCUUCCUCCAGUGACACUGUAAUUAAAACUCAUUUGAAAACUCAUGUAGAAAUUGAAAAUAAUAGACCAGUGUCAGAUGCUCCUCCUUCGACAGAGACCGAACAAGAGGGCGUGUAUGUUUGCAAUCAGUGCGAUAAGACCUUUUCUAAACAUAGUUCUCUUGCUAGACACAAAUAUGAACAUUCCGGGCAAAGACCGUAUAAAUGUGCUGAAUGUACACGAGCCUUCAAGCACAAGCAUCACUUGACGGAACACAAGCGUCUUCAUACUGGCGAAAAGCCAUUCCAAUGCUCCAAGUGCCUAAAGCGCUUCUCACACUCUGGGUCUUACAGUCAGCAUAUGAAUCACCGGUACUCUUACUGCAAACCUUAUAGAGAAUAGGACAAGAGACUUCAUUCCUUCAAGCGCUGUUUAAAGACGAAAUUUGCUCGCACGCUCAGUCAAGUAUGUAUGAAAUUUCCUUCACUCGUGACUUAACAUUUAGGUCUCUUUGUGCCUCUUGGGUACACAAGCUACGAGACACACAGACAGGGAGAGAGAGAGUUUAUUACUUUGGACAAGGUCCGAGUUAGGAUGCAAACAAGAUUGGGAUGCAGGAUAUUACAAAACAUCACAUACAACGAUUACAGUAACAUAAAACAGGGCAGUUUUAUAGAUUUUCUCAUUGAUCGAGAGUUGUUUACUUGAUCUUUAAUCUAUAUUGUAACAAAAGAAAGAAUGUUUUUUUUCAAAAUGCCUCUGCAGUUUUUCUCGUAUAACAAAGAUAAAUUUAAAUAGAGGAAAAAGUUAUUAACUAAUUAGAUUAAUACACAAAAUAAAAAUGAUGCCCAAGAAUUCAAAUGAACUCGUAAACGGUACCAAAAAGCAUAAUGCAAUAAUCUAUUAUAUAUAUAAUAAUAUAAUAAACAUAAUAUUUUAUUAUUUUUAUUGAAAAUAAAAAAAAAAUAUUAUAUAUAACACGACAAUAAUAAGGAAACUAAUUAAUGUACAAAAUUGUUAGCCGCGUUCACUAAAGUGUACAAUUAUUGUAUGACGAUUGACAAGAGACGUAAUAACAAAUUUGAGACAAAAGAUGGUCAAUCUUUAAAUUAACAGAUAAGAUUAUUAAAAAAAUAUAUACAAAUUAUUACAAAUACAAACUGAUUUAUUAAAAAAAAAGGUUCUCGCAUGACAUAAAAACCUUGCAUAUUGAUAUAAAUAUUUGCAAAUAUGCAUGAAAGGGUCAAAAUAUUGACAAAUGUUGAAAAAGAAACGAAAUAAAUAAGAGUAUAUAAAUUAUAUCUAUAUACAAAAUAUAUAUUAUAUAUAAAAAAUAGCAUUUAAGAGAGCGUUUGAAUGCAAACAAAUAAUUAUAAACUGUGAGGCUCAUUAUUUGUCCAGUAGGUUUUCGACUUUUAAAAUUUAAUUAUUAAAAAAUGAACAUAAAAAUUAAUAUCAUAAUAACGAAUAAGUUAAUAAUUGAAAACAUUAAAAAACGGAGCUUGAAUACUUGUCCAAUGCAAUAAUAUUUUUUGCAAAUUUUAAAUUUAAAUGAUCUUCAAGAACACAAGUAGAUAAAAAUAUGAAAAAUAAUUGCAAUCGUUAUUUAACUCACAUUCCUAUUUAUAAAGGCCUUUUUUUUAAAAUAAAACUCAUAGAUGGUUCAUAAAUAUAUAACAGCUUUGAUCCCGGCAUUUUCAUCUGACAAUGAUAUUCAUAAAAUCGAGCAAUUUAUACUAAAACAGCAUCAGUAUAUAAUUUAAAGAGAAACAGUCUCGCUUUAACGCUCGAAAAAUUUUUAUUAUUAUUAAUUUUUCAUGUUGAUUAAACAGCUUUGUGGAUCGGUGAAUGAUUGUGACAGAAUUUUGAAAACCAAUUUUUAAGUACUUACAAAUCUUUGUUGGUUUAAAGUUUAUUAUAAAAAUAAUUUAUAUUUUUUCAUGUAAUAUUUCAUUUAAUUGAUUAAUUGAUUUGUAUACAUUCCGGAUUAUUUUUAGAAUAGUAAUUACAUCAUUCAAUUUAAUAUUGUAUACAAAAAAAUAUUAACAAAUUGAGAUUAUGAUUAUUUUAUUCAUCAUUUACCAAUUAUAACAAUUCAGCAUGUAACAAGGUAAAAAAAAAAUUCACCGGUCUUCGUUGUCUGUUAUUGAAGAUCUAAGUAUAAUAUAAAAUGCUUCCAAUACUGUACUAUUACAUUAAAAUAUUAUAAAUACGACAAUUUAUAUGGUUCUAUAUUAUAUGGACGACUUGAUAAAGAGUAAUAAAAAAUAAUCGUCCAUUUUGAAGCUCUAUGAAUGACGAUAAUAAUAAU